AUGCCUUCCAAGGACUUUACGGUUCUGAUCGCCGGCGGCGGGAUAGCUGGCUUGACGCUGGCGAACCUGCUCGAGCGCGUGGGGAUCAACUAUCUCAUUCUCGAGGGGUAUCGAGAGAUGGCCCCCCAGGUGGGCGCAAGUAUCGGCAUUUUGCCCAAUGGUUCUCGUGUUCUCGACCAGAUUGGACUCUACGAUGAGAUCAGGAAACUCAUCGAUGAGCCUCUUUACAAGAUGUCUCUUCGCGACUCCAAGGGCAACCCGACGAGUGAGUACUGUGGCGUAGGCCAGCAGAUCAAGCAGCGACACGGCUACGAAGUUGUCUUCGUGGAUCGUCAAAUGAUUCUGGAAGUGUUGUGGAAGAAUCUGAAGAACAAGGACAGGAUCCUUGUCAGUAAGAAGGUUAUGCAAGUCUCCAUCGAGCCGUCCAAGGUGAGAGUCGAGACAAGCGACGGCCAGUCCUACUCGGGCGACAUCUUGAUCGGCGCCGAUGGCAUCCACAGCAAAGUCAGAAGCGAGAUGUGGCGGCUCGCGGAUAGCCUGGAGCCCGGAAGGGUAGAAUGCCUGCCGACGGUUUACAAGUGCAUCUUUGGCAUUUCCAUCAUCAAGAACUGGGAGAACGGCACGGUGCAAACCAACUUCAACAAGCACUUCUCAUACCUCGUAAUUGCCGGCCCUUCCAACAGGGUCUACUGGUUCCUUUUCGUCAACAUGGGCUACACUCACUACGGCCCCGAUCUCCCCCACUACACCAAGGAAGACGAGGCCAAGUUGGUCAAGGAGCAUCAAGAGGACAAGAUUAAUGAGAACUUCACCUUCAGAGAUCUGUACGCUGCCAAGAUCUCUUCACUUUUGACCCCACUGCCGGAGUACGUCUUCAAGAAGUGGCACUUCAACCGCAUCAUGACCAUUGGCGACGCCGCACACAAGUUGGAACCAAUUGCCGGACAAGGAGGCAACAGCGCCAUCGAAACGGCCGCAGUGCUGGUAAACAACCUUACAGAAGCCCUCAAGCAAAACCCAUCAGGCGUCACGACGGAGCAAAUCCACAAUGUCUUCCUAGAGACCCAGAAGAAGCGAGAACCGCGCGUCUGGCCCCUUGUUCACAAUUCGCACAAGGAACAGCGUUUCGCCGCCAUGGAAAGCCCUUUCUUGGAGUUCGCCGGUCGCUACCUCGUCCCAAGCUUGUCUAUCGAUGAGAAGGAAGGGCCCUGGAGCACAAACUUCGAGCCGGGUCACAAGCUCGACUUCUUGGACGUCCCGAAGAGGCCACGUGCGCUACCGUACCUUGACGAGCUUCCGAGCCAGAGACUCGACUCCUCUUUGCUACCUAAGCUUGUGGUAGGAGCUGUUCUUGCAGGCCUCUUGUUCCUCGCGCAGCAAGUUCUCGUCAUCGCUCCCGAGGCGGCGAGUGGUGCCAGCUUUGUGGGGAAGCCUUUGAAGACGGAGUACACCGGCAAUACCGCGAUCGAUUCUGUUCUCUCACUCCUCUCCUGGGCCUUCUCCGAGGCGACCUCUGGCCCUGACCCGAACACGAGGCUUCAAUGCCUCUACUUCUUGAUCAAUCUCGCGCCCGUCAUUUACAUCUGGACGAUCGAAGGUUAUCGCAAUGGCAACCAGCUCUCUCUCGUAUCUUGGCCAUCUCUCUUCACAGUAUACCAGCUAGUUGGUAUCGGCAAUAUUGCACCGCUCUACUUCCUCAUCAGUCUGCAUACGACCAGCAGCGAAGUCUACACUCGUCCCACAGGCCGACCAAUCCCAUCAACUGUGGCGAAGGCGCUGGUUCCAGCCCUCUGUCUCGGAUACAUCAUUCCUACCGCCCUCAUGUUCAUCCAGUAUGGUGACUCCGUAGCCCAACAAAACGCUAUCGCCUUUUGGCAGCCCUCUCCCGUCUACGUCUCGAUUCUGACCUGGCUCUUCUCCGGCAUUCUUUCGGUCGCCUCGCCUAUCAAGGCACUGGACUGGGAAAUCUUCGAAAAGAAGGACCAGAGCGCGCUUCAGACCGGAUACACACUCACGUUCGCCGUCACCGCUAUCACACAUAUCUGCGCUCUCGUGUACGCUGGCUUCAAACCCUCCGUGUCCCUCUUUGAGACCUUUUUCGACCUGCCGAGCAUUGCGUCCAUGGGCCUGGGGCUCAACAUCGGUGGAUUCUGGAAGUACGACAUGCUCCUCUGUUUCGGUGCGGUUGCGGUCUGGUGCCUGUACACUGUCUUUGAACUCCGUAGGUUAGGAUACGUGACGACAAAGGUCGCGAUUAGGGCUGCGGCGGCCACUUUGAUGGGUCAGGCAUUAGUCGGUCCGGGAGCUACCUAUGCAGGACUUUGGGCAUGGAGAGAAAACGUCAUUGCAGGACUGAUGAUUGAGUAA